AGUUGUUGCUGUUUAACUGCGCUUGUGACUGAGGUAAAGACUAAACUUGAAGGAGCGAGUAAAAUAAUUAAAACGAUGGAGUUAAAUUUUAAGGCCAUGCGGAAACUUUGAGUUAAAUAUUAAAAUGGAUGAAAAUUUUGGAUUUUUUGAUUUUGAGGGCCUGGACGAUGUCCAGGUCUUGAAUAUUAAGCAGAUGCUUCAUCCAUCAAAUUAUGUUUCGGAAAUAGAGUUCCCUUGGGAUGAUUACUCUGAAGAAAAAUUACUUUCCAAAGGAAGCAUAUCUUCCUUAAAUGUUCAUGCACCUGCAUUUCAAUCACAUGUACCAUUAUUAAACAAUAAUGCCUCUGGAAACACAGAAAUACACAAUGCACCUUCAGCUUCUUAUACUAAUGGCUCAAGUCUGCCGGGAGCAGCUCCUACGUUGAAUGACAUUCAUUAUCGUCCAACAAUUGUUGAUGAGCAAAUGCGGACAUUACAGUCUGCUACUCGGAGUUUCCCCAAUGGCCAACAAACAUUGCAACAAAAUACAUGCGACCAGCAAGUUACAUUUUCACAACAUCCCAAACCAUUUGAAGGUGAUUUUUAUUCUUCAAUACAUGAAAGUCAACAGAUUCCUUCAAAUGUUUCUACUUUUAAGCUAAAUCCAACUGUUUCAUGUUUCAUACCACAGAAUAUGGUAAUUUAUCCAACACAGCCUCAACAGCCAAUCAAUGGACUGCCAGCUCAAGCUGAUAGAAUAGCUCCAAGUGCUAAUGUUAAUCAUAAAAUUAAUGAAAGAAGUGAACUUCUGUAUGAACAAAACACUCCAACUAACUUAACAGAAAAAGUCACUCAGAAUGGAAUAAAACAGAAUGUAGAGUCUGAGUUAAAUGUAGAUGCCUUAAAUGUUAAAGAUGAAACCACAAGUGCUAAAGCAGCUGUUCCAAAAGCUGAGGAACCAACUGCAUCCAGUAGACCUGUUAAUCGUUCAUGGGCUGAUAUUGUUAGUAAAGGCCAAAAGCCUGCAAAAGUUGCCUUUUCUAAACCUUCAGUUUCUAAUAAUGAAGCAGUUGUGAAAAAUGUAAAGGUAGAACAAGAAAAAGAAAUUCUUUUAUUAGCUGAAGACAAAAUGUCAUUUGCAUUAGGGAAACAUCUGUAUGAGGUGAAACUAGAUUUUCAUCCUGUACUUUUGCAACCUCGUGGAUUAAUCAACAGAAGAAAUUGGUGCUAUAUUAAUGCUUGUUUACAAGCUUUGCUUGCUUGUUCUCCAUUUUACACACUUUUAAGGGAUCUUCCCCUAGGACCAGGUGUUGACCGUGGAAAGUCGUCAACUCCUGUUAUUGACAGCAUGGUCAAAGUUAUGUAUGAAUUUUCCCGGUAUGACACUUCUCAGGAAGAACUGCAGCUUGGACCUCCGUUCCAACCUGAUUUUAUGUAUGAUAUGCUUAGCGAUUUGAAAUCUGAUUGCCUUAAAGGUCAACAAGAAGAUGCUGAGGAAUUUUUAAGUUUUAUUCUGAAUGGUAUGCAUGAAGAAAUGGUGAAAAUAAUAAAAAAUUAUCAGAAAAAAACCAAUAUUAAGAUGGAAGAAGUAAAUGGCGAUAUCGGUGAUGAAGGAGAUGAAUGGCAAGUGAUCCAGGUCGGCUCCAAGAAUAAAGGGAUGGUUACUAGAAAAGUUGUUGAACAUAGAACUCCUAUUUCUGAUUUGCUUGGUGGUCAAAUAAAAUCAUUUUUAACUACUAAGACAGUCAAAACAGCUUCAAUUCAACCCUUCUUCACUUUGCAGCUUGAUAUUCAGUCUGACAAUGUAACUUCUGUUUCUGAAGCUCUUAAAGAAAUGACUGUUAAAGUACCUAUUCAGGGCUAUGUUUGUGCCAAGUCAAAGCAGGAGGUUGAAGCCUUUAAUCAUGUAGCUCUGCAGAAAUUGCCUCCAAUAUUAAUCCUCCAUUUAAAACGAUUUGUGUACAAUAAAAACGGUGGAUGUAAAAAAGUGAUGAAGAAGACAGAUUAUCCAUUAGUUCUUGACAUCAGUAAAGAUAUACUUUCAUCAGAUGUAAAGAAUGAAAAUUUACGCCCAUACAAGCUUUUUGCAGUUAUGUAUCAUGAUGGAGAAGAAGCAAUAAAGGGUCAUUACAUAUCUGAUGUAUAUAAUCAUGGCAGCAAAACCUGGAUACGAUGUGAUGAUCGAUCAGUGACUGCUGUUACGGAGGAUCAAGUGCUUUCUUAUAGCCCACCCAGAGUUCCUUAUUUGCUCUUUUAUCAAGAGAGCUGAAAAAAGCCCAUUAUUCACAUAGAGGCUUUGAAAACUCUUCAACUUUGACAUUCUAGAACUUGAGAUCAGAAACAAAGUUAUUCAACUAGUAAUAAAAACAUACAUUUUUGCUUUUUUGUAUUAUAUUCAUUUAUAAUUUGAAAAUUAAGUAGAAAUAAAUGCAAACAUUUGAAAUAAAGCUUUUAUUUAAAUAAACUUGUUGCUUUAACUAAAAGGAAACAAUGAUUUAAUUUCAGGUUCUUGUAUGUGAUUUGGAAAUUCUUAAUUCUAGACAUGGUUUUUACUAAGAAAUUUUUUGUAGUGGCCAACUUGGGUCAAACAUUGCAUGCUUCUUUUUUAACAGUGCAAAAUUUGUUGUCACUUCAAAUUAAUUAAACAAAAAAAAAGCAUGCAUUUAAAACUAGAAACAUUUGAAACAAAACUUUGCUUUCUUAUUUCUUUUAGUUUUAUUCAGUGUCAAAGUUGGAGAGAUUUUUUCAUACUGUGCAGAUUCGAUCAGCCAGAAUACACUAUUUUGUGUUAUGGCUAAUAUGUACUUUUAACCAAUCAAGAUUUGUGAUAAAUGCCAAUUAUAAAUACGCUGUGAAUAUGAUUAGCUAUUUUGAUUGACAGUCAUGUAUAUAGUAGAAGAAAACAAAUGGACUGAUUGGGAUUGUAGUAUACUUCCCAUUUCCUCUAUUUUCUGAAGCAUUGACUAUUGCGUUAUAUAAAAUAUAUUACACAUGAAAUAUUGUGAAUAUUUUUAGUGUGUUAAAAGAUGAAAAGUUUCAAACUGGAGAUGGUGUGGUAUUUUUUUAUUCCUGUAUAUAUUGUUUUAGAACUGAGGGAAUUUUUUUUUUCAGAUACAUUAAAGGUUUUGAAAUGA